AUGGGAACUCCGACUUUCUUAGACACGGCACCCGCCCCGCCAAUAUACCGACAUGGAAACAGCGACAUCCUUCCGGCCUGGUCACAGCGCGAGGCCGCGGCCGCCGAGCAGCCGUGGACGGCGACGCGGUGCCACCGACAACUCCGACCUCUGCUGACACAUUUGAUGGCUCUUCGAAGGGAAACGGCCAGAGCUGUGUCGAAGCAAAGGAAUAACCUUCGACAACAGAAUACGAGCCCCAGUAAACGACCGACCGCCGACGACUGCGUAGCGGGCCGGAAACGAGUACGCUACACAUACUCCCUCAAAGGGACCGGACGGCGACGAUACGGCCAGCCAGGCGCAAUAAACGAGUCCGCAGCGGCAGCAAAUCCGGCGGAUGGCGACCAAACCAGCCGUGUUAAAGUCGCUCCGCUGAAGCAGCAAGCAGCACGAUCGUUUUGUCCCGGCGAGGUCGUGGUGGCGACACCAGUCUUGAGUCGGGCACGGAAGCAUCGACAAGCUUGGUCGAUGCCAUCGUCGCCCAUCAUGUCCACAGUACCGACAGAUGCUGGAGACGUCUCUGUCAUUCCCACAGUUACAGGCGGCAAUGAAAAUACAUCCAGACCCAAUCCCAGGAACCCAGGCUUCAAGUACCGCGGUUACUAUCAGAACCCCAGCCGACCAGGCGCGAACAGCAGCUCCAGUCCCUCCAUCGACAGUGGCUGGGCCGCUGUAGAAAAAGCAACGCCAGCCGAGUUCCAUCAUCUAUACGACUCGAUCUUCCGAGCUGUCGACGCUCUCUUGCGAUCUACGACGUCCACCCUCGAGCCCACUCGAAAAUCGAAUUCGCUCUUUGCCAUGUGCCUCCGAAAAGUUCCCCAAUACGUCACGAUGUGCGAGGAGGCAGAGCGCGAGGAGGCCGAGAAGGAGGGCGUGGUGCAGCUUCCCUCGUCCAGUGUAUCGUUUGGUAUAUACAGUGAUCUGGAGUCCCUAGGCAGCGAGACUAGUGGGUGGAAGCAUCUCCGCGUUGUCGUUCGAGAGCACGGCAUUGACAUGCUCAAAUCUGCCUGCGUCGAAGGUCUCUUGCACGACACUUUUGUUCGCCUGCUCGUGCGACUCUGUACACAUCUGAAUGCACAUGACGAGGCCGAAAACUUGGUGACUGCACUUUUUGACAGCCAUAGGUCCUCCCUGCCCAAGGGCCAACAUAUUUGCGAAAGGCCGCAUGACACACAAGUCGAUCUGUCCGGGUCACCGGAACCUCUGGCGUUGCUGGGCAUGUUACUACAGUAUUCAGACGAGACCGGGCGGACAUCGACAUCUCUGCGGCAGAUUGCAGAACUACUCAAUAACGAUCAGUUGCAGGUUGCAUGGCUGUCGACGCAGGCGUUCAGCAGCCUAUGGCACCGCGCUAUCCGGCUCUUAUCAAGCAGAGGCCCGCCCGUUUGUGAAGAGACCAGCCUGCUCCAGUUCUUCGCAACAGCAAUAGCGAAACUUGUCCACUCUCGGUCAAGUGACGACAUAUCCGAUCCACAUCCCAAGGCGGCUCCUCAAUCCACGACGAGCUCCAAGAUUGCUAAUACCACCCCUCUUACUUCAUCCUCAUCAUAUCACACAAUAGUCAGCAUUCUAGGAAGCAUAUGUGCCAUCGGAAUUUUGCAGCAGGAGGCCUCGCUCGAUAGCUGCGAUACCAAUCCACUUACGAGACCAGCAGUCGUCAAGCGCGUUGUGGCGGUUGUUCAGCGCUCUCUGUCCGAUAUAUCACAAAAGAUAAAGGCCAGGAAGGGACAGCACAGGCUCGACGUCGCCAGUCACUGCUAUCCGCGACAAUAUCUAUUGAUGCUAGCCUUAUGUCUCCUACAGUCCAUGUCCACGAGCAAGGCAACUUGUUGUGUGGAGACUAAGACCGACACGCAUUCGAGCAGCAUCUUUGACGAGACGAGAUUCCGUGAAUUUAUUGCGACCGCCUCGCCUACCCAAAGCGGCCAAAUUUAUGAUGCCACCAUUGCCUUUGUCACUUUUGUGGCUGAGUGUUGUGGCCGAGGUUCCGAAUCGACAUUGUCGAGCGCCCCAGUUUCUCAAGCCUAUUUGCGUAAGCUGAGCUCACAUGCGGCCCAUCACUUAUACAGUCCGUCUGACAGCGACUCCUAUUCCAACUACGUUUGUCGAUUACAAGCAGACGCCGCCUUUCUUCUUGCCAGCCGAAGCAACGACCUUCGCGACCUCGCCUUUGCCGAGAGCCUUAGCAAGAGCGCUGUCCAGAAGGACGAGCACCGUCUACCGCCCUGUCACUUGCCAAACUCGGGUUUACUGGGAGCAUCAGGCUUGCCAUACUCCAAGACCUGCCCUCCAGCUGCAGCGGCUCUGUUUGACGGCUACAGAUGGGAAGAAGGGAUUAGCGAGUGGGUGGUUUCCACUCCACACGCGCCCUCGUCUCGUCCUGCGUCAGCACCAAAGGCAUCCCAGAAGAGCGAGCUGGUCAUCAUCAUCGACAGUAUACCUCCUCCAGAACUGGCUGUGUUGGACACGAAGCGAUCGCUUCGGCGGCCAAUGGCAAGAUCUAGCCGGUUUUCACUGCCGACAUCCACCCCUCUAUCUUCGCAAUCACCUCUUGGUUCUGACCAAGACAGCGACAACGACACAGCGUCGUCUCCCAGGACUCCAGGCAGCCAGUCGGACGUUCCCUCAUUUACUCGCCGCCAGCGAACACGCAGCCUGCAGGCGGUUUCUCCUGCAUGGCAAUCGAAGCCCCGCCCAGGAACGACGCGACGUCUUUUGAGUAUUGUUUCGGACAACGACGAUGCAGAUGAAAACAACUACCAGGAAACCGCGUGCAAUGAGACGGUGGAGCCCGUUUACACAACAGAAAUGCCAGCAGGCAUGUCUCUCUUUGGUCUCGCCGGCGGAUCCAAGAAGGCCGAUGAGGCUUGGGCAUCGACCGGGAACGUGUUAGGGAAAGCAGCGCCGGUGCGUCGCAGUCGCUACCGUCCCGCGGGCAACGAUGUCGAUGUAGCCUCCAGCGACGACGAGUUGUGUUUGUAG